AUUCGACCCACGUUAAGAGAGCCCAAAAGAACCAGGCAUCACUGCCUAAGCCGAGCAACCCAAGUGUUGCUGCACGGAAAAUAACUGGUGAUUUAGUCGCACAGUCUACCCCCAAGACUGUUCGUCCGGUCAAUAAAGAGCCCAAGAUUCAAAAACGCACACUGACCUCCAAACAACAAGUUACUAAACCUGAACCCAUCGUGAAACCUGGUAAAUUAACAACAGUUCGUGACGAUUCUCUCAUUAUCAUGAACCUCGUUGACAAUCCUGAUCUUCCUCUCAGUCUGCAGGACAAAAACGACAGGAUGCUCUGGGGUGAAUUGAACAAGAAGCUUGAACUUCCUAGAAUAGAGCCUUUGACGGUCACCCGGCUCACUCGAGGAAAGGAUUCUAAGCAUCUAAAUCACCCGAGGCUUCUCCGAGUAACACUUAAGAAUGCUACCGACGUAGAGGACGUCUUGCUAGCAAGUCACUUGCUGAAAUCAGAUGGUAACGUAAGAAUAUUGCCCGACAUACCGUACUCUGAGCGCAAUAUCAUACGAAACGUCCCUAAAGAAUCUCGCGAGAAGUUUUUCCGCGGAAGAAACAUAAUUGUCCAAGGUAUACCGGAAAAUGCAGACCCUACUCAAUCAAAUUCUGACAUCAGGGAAUGGAAAUUCAUCAAACAGUCCUUGAGGCUCAAACACAUACUGACUCAGCAUGUGACGAGACUAGCCAAGAAGGACGGUGAUCUUAGACCCCGUCUAAUGAAGAUAACCUUCCCAUCUUCCCACAUGGCGGCUGCAGUUCUGGAAGCAUUUCGUGCUAAUAGACGUCGAUUGCCACCUGGAAUCCACAUGCACCCGGAUAGGCCAUACGAAGUUAGGACCAAGAACAAAGGCAAGUUGGAGCUGACCAUUCCACUUGUGGACUGUCUAAACGAUAAAAAAAACGUGUAAAGGACAGGGCCUACCACCUCGGCAAACCUCAUAUAGGUGGGCUACCUGUCCAUUCACACAAGGUUCAUACAGAAAAACAGGACGAAGCUCACGCGUUCCAAAUUGAAAGCAUAAACUGCUUAUAUAUGAACGCCGCGAGUCUACCAAACAAACUGGAUGAACUACGUGAACUUAGCAGCGCUAAUAAGGCCCAUCUGAUAGGAAUAUCUGAAACCUGGAUAUCUUCUCAGUUCUCGGACCAAGAGUUAGCAUUGACUGGGAUGACUUUGUUCCGCAACGACAGAAAAACAGGAAUUGGGGGCGGAGUAGCCAUAUACAUAAGCUCUUGCUUGGAGGUGCACCAGGUUCACAACCUCGAGUUUAACAAUCUUGAGGAAUCCAUAUGGUGCUCUGUAAGACUGUCUAGUACUUCCAGGUGUCUAGUCGGAGUCAUUUACAGGAAGCCAACUGCCGACACCGAGUACGAUAGUCGUAUGCUGGAAGGACUAUCCCGCUCUAUCCGUCUCGGUUUCACACACAUCCUGAUUCUAGGGGACUUUAAUCUCCCUAGAGUCAACUUCGCGGAACACACGUACACUGGAGGCGACAACUCAAUUGAAGCUCGGUUCUACAACCUCAUCGAUAACUUGGGCUUAUAUGAAAAUGUGAGGUCGGCAACUCGUUGGAGAAACAGUCAGACACCAUCGCGCUUAGACUGUGUAUUCACUAACGAAGAAUUCCUAGUCGACAACCUCUCAAUCCUGGCUCCUCUGGGAAAAAGCGAUCAUGCCGUCAUAGCCUUCAGUUUUGUCAUCAAAACUAAGCUAAGGUAUCCCAACAAUAAUUUGCGUUGGAAUUUUAAACGGCUGAACGUGCCAGCUCUACAUGACUAUCUACAACAGGUCGUUUGGGAUGUUCACCCUCAAAUCGAUGUGGAUGGUCAUUGGGACUUUUUACUGCACACGCUCUUAUGUGCUACAGACCAUUCAGUUCCUCAAACGGUUCCCAAAAGCUUCAAGCCACCUACAGUAAUCAAGAACCGUACCCUUCGCCUCCUAAGCCGCAAACGGCACUGUUGGGCGGAAUACAAACGAACUAAUAACGAUGGAGCGUAUAGGCAAUACAAACAUAUCAGGAACACAUGCACGAAGGCUAUAAGAGAAGACAGGCUUCAGUACCAAACAAAGCUUAUGGACAAAUUCGCCUCUAACCCUAGAAGCCUAUUCCGUUAUGCAGCCUCUCUUCGUCAAGCCAAAACAGGAGUUUCUCAACUGCUAGGUCUUAACGGCCCGACCAACAACGAUGGCGACGCCGCUAACCUUCUGGCGGCCCAUUACUCUCAAACAUUUCAACCGGCUGACAUCAACUUUAUUGACGACAGUUUCAUCUCCAACUCCACAGGACUUUCUGAAGUGGACCUAAGCGCUGACUUGGUGUUCCGGAAAUUGCAGCACUUAAGACUUGACACUUCUCCUGGCCCGGAUAUGGUUCAUCCUGCCAUACUGAGGGAGGCAGCCUCAAUCCUGGCAACGCCGCUUAGCGUGAUGUUUUCACACUCGCUUAGCCGAGGCAAAUUACCGGAAAAUUGGAAGUUGGCUCACAUCACACCAAUUUUCAAAGGUGGUCGACGCAAUGAACCUUCAAGUUAUCGGCCGGUGGCUCUUCUGUCAUUACCUUCAAAACUCAUGGAGUCCCUGAUAUGCGACGGUUUAAAUGACUAUCUACUGUCCUUAAAUUUCUUCUCACCCCAACAGCAUGGUUUCAGGAAGGGUUACUCUUGUAUAACCAACCUGCUGACUGCGGUGGACAAAUGGACAAGCAUCCUCGAUUGCAAGGGAAAGGUUGACGUCAUUUACCUUGAUUUCUCAAAAGCUUUUGAUAAGGUUAACCACUUGUGUCUUAUCAACAAGCUCAAACGACUAGGUAUCAAACCACCUCUAAUCGAUUGGCUUACUUCAUACCUAAAAAAUCGACACUUUAAGGUUAGGGUUAAUUUCACUUUAUCUCAGGCUAUGGAAUGUCCUAGUGGGGUCCCCCAGGGCUCAGUACUAGGGCCUCUUCUCUUCUUGAUCUACAUAAAUGAUCUUCCUCAACAGGUAACGUCAGAUUUAUUACUUUUUGCCGACGACGUGAAACUUUGGAGAGAGAUACGCAACCAAGACGAUACACAGGCACUUCAGGAUGAUCUGACGCGACUUCAAAGUUGGGCAGACGAUAACGGACUUACCUUUAACACUUCAAAGUGUAAAGUAGUCCAUCUGCGACAUGUAGCAAACUACAGUUACAACUUAGGAAACUCCUCUCUAGUAGUAUCCCAAGUCGAAAAAGAUUUAGGAGUCCUGGUACCCCAUGACUUAAAGUCUUACGCUAACUGUGACAAAAAUGCCUUCCGAGCAAACCUUGCACUGGUAACGUUGAAGCGCAUUUUUGGACAGUUUGACGGACGAACUUUCCACACAAUCUUCAAUAGUUUUAUCCGUCCCCAUUUAGAGUACGGAAACAUAGUACUCCCCCCUCACUCCAGAAGGACAAGGUCACUUUGGAGCGUAUCCAACGGCGAGCCACGAAAUCAGUUCGAGGACUCAAAUCUAAGCCUUACGAAGAACGCCUCCGUUCACUAGACCUUUACCCACUAGAAUAUAGGCGUCUUAGAGGUGAUUUACUAAUGGCUUACAGUAUUCUUAACACUUCUGGACAUCCUCUUAAACACCUACUUAAGCUUAGUUCGAAUAAUAACCUAAGGGGUAACACCCAGAAACUGGAAACACAACAUAGCAAGACGGAAUGUAGACACAACUUCUACUCCUUAAGAGUUGUCAAAAGCUGGAAUUCGCUGCCGGCCGAGCUAGUCCAAGCGACUUCUCAGGAGUCCUUCAAGAGGCAACUUGACCUAUUCUUAAGGACCAAGGACAGCAUCACAUUAUGAUUUACCAAUUUCUUUUCCUUUUUAUUGUUAACAUACCUAGGUUCCUGCCUGGAGGAUUUGGUGAUCCCCUGCUACUAGACACGG